CAGGAGAAAAACCCUACAAAUGUGACCAGUGCGACUAUUCUGCUCGGAGAAACCUCAUUUAGACCGACAUCUAGCAAAACACGCUGGAGAGAAACCCUACAUGUGUGGGGAGUGUGGGUACAGGGCAACUCAAAAGUCUGACUUAUCCCGACAUAUGAGAACCCAUACAGGCGAAAAACCCUACAAGUGUGACCAGUGUGACUAUUCUGCUGCACACAAGUCCUCUUUGGAUUUACAUCUAGCAAAGCACACCGGUGACAAACCCUACAUGUGUGGGGAGUGUGGAUACAGGACAGCUUUAAAGUCUGCCUUAUCCCGACAUACGAGAACCCAUACGGUAGAAAAACCCUACAAGUGUGACUAUUCUGCAGCACAGAAAGCUAAUUUGGACAGACAUCUGGAAAUACAUGCUGGUGAGAAGCCCUACAUGUGUGGGGAGUGUGGGUACAGGACAGCUCAAAAGUCUCAUUUAUCCAGACAUAUGAGAACCCAUACAGGAGAAAAACCCUACAAGUGUGACCAGUGUGACUAUUCUGCAACACGGAAAUUUAAUUUAAACCGACAUAUAGUAAAACACACCGAUGAGAAACCCUACAUGUGUGGGGAGUGUGGGUACAGGGCAACUCUGAAGUCUACCUUAUCCCAACAUAUGAGAACCCAUACAGGACAAAAACCCUACAAAUGUGACCAGUGUGACUAUUCUGCAGCACAGAAAGACACCUUAGAUAAUCAUAAAACAAAGCACACCGGUGAGAAACCCUACAUGUGUGGGGAGUGUGGGUACAGGACAGGUGACAGGUCCAGCUUAUCCCGACAUAUGAGAACCCAUACAGGAGAAAAAUCCUACAAAUGUGACCAGUGUAGCUUCUCUACAACCUCGAAGUCAGCCCUAACUCAACAUAUGAAAAUUCACAAUUACGCACCAACUCUGUAACUGUGAUUAUCUCAUAGCGCCCUUUAGUUUUCUCAAUCUUUCCUUGGUAGUUUUGACAUACUGAAACCAACCAUAAGAAUAUAUCACGUUAAUAUUCAAAAACAUUUGAGCUUAAUAGUCUUAAAAAGUUUAUAAUAAAUGUAUUUUCAAACAGGUAAUAGUUCUUUCCAAACGAAAUGCCAUUGUCUUGUACUUCUUUAUUUCAUGUACAAUGAUAAUUCUCAUUUCUUGGUUUUCUUUAUUAGCCCAUAUAUUCUGUUUUGUUUUCAGUUCUUUUGACAAAAGAAAUCAUUUUUGUAUCUAUCAUGAAUUGUGGAAAAACACUGAACUUGAUGGUAUUGAUUGGAUAAUAUACAUGUACAUAGUAAGUAAUUAACAUUGGUAAAUUAUCGUAUUUCAAAAGUAGAAGUUAGUGUAAGUUUGUAUGAAUGUGCUAGUUCACUCUGACGGAGUAUCUUCCUAUAGGUACUGCAAAAAAAACUUUGACCAAUAUCAACUCUGUAAAAACUAGCGUUUGGUUGCGGUAAAACCUUCAAAGCCGAUAGCAUAGCAACUGAAGGAAGUGAUUUCAGACGAGGGAAAAGCUAUAGACGUUAUGUUAUAUAAUAUAUACGAGCAGAAUUGUCUCUUCGAAGAUGUAGCUACAUAUAUUUACCACUAACACAAUUAAAUAGUUCAAUACAAUAAACA